AUGAAGUCAUUUCGGCUCGGUUUUCCGGAUACGCCAUUUCAGCUUCAAAACAUUCCUAUCCCCGAGCCGGGUCAAAGCCAGGCCCUGAUCGCUGUCAAAGCCGCUGGCCUCUGCCAUACCGACGCCCACUAUGUCGAGGGUCACGGCAUCGAAAUGCUGCCGUCUCUUCCCCUUACACUCGGGCACGAAGUAGCUGGGACUGUUGUAAAGCUCGGAUCCGAACCUUGUCCGGUUCAAGUUGGUGAUCGCGUUGCUGUGGCUCUGGUAGCUCACCCUGUCGAAAAGGCAACCCGGGCCACGACGAUUGGGCUCGGCUACGACGGAGGCUACAGUGAAUUUGCGCUAGCUCAUUAUGAGCACCUAGUCAAGAUUCCAGACGGUGUGACAUUUGCCCAGGCGGCUGUUGCCACGGAUUCGAUUUCGACGGCGUACCACGCCACAGUGGUGACCGGCGGAGUUACAAAAUCCGCAAAGGUGGCAGUCAUUGGGAUUGGUGGCCUCGGACUCAAUGCAGUUGCCAUUUCGGUAUUGCAAGGCGCUAAGGUCUAUGGAAUCGAUCUCAACGAAGCCAAAUACGACGAUGCAAAACGCUUAGGCGCGGUUGCGUGUUCCUCACGCCUCGAUAGUUUUGCGGGUGUUGUUUUCGACGUCGUUCUCGACUUUGUUGGAUCUACGUCAACAAUUUCCGCCGCUCUAUCAUCGGUCAGGAAGGGCGGGACAAUUGUCAUGGUGGGACUCGACGGCAAGAAUGUGGAAGUCUCAUCUGUCAUGUUGGUGACAAAGAGUGUCAGUGUGAAGGGCUCAUUUGGCUCGUCAAAGGAGGAGCUAGUGGAGGUGUUGAACUUGAUUGCUUCACGCAAAAUCACUCCGAAAUUGACGGAGAUACCAUUCGAAGAUGUGCCCAAGGGAUUGGAAGCCAUCAAAAAGAACAAAGUAGAGGGUCGGUUGUUUGUCCAACCCAACGCAGACUAG